AGUACUAUCGAAUACAACACCAUUACAGUAGUGUAUUUCUGCAAUACCUGUGUUUUUAACACUACACUGAGCAGGAAUUGCAAAGGCUAACAGGAGGACGAAGUCACGAGGAAAGAGGACAACCGAAGCUGGCUUUUAGUUGCACAGAGAUUCUAAUAACCUCGUAGAAAGAAAAAAAAAAAUAACCCGACAACAGUAAUUCAUGAAGUUCUGUUAUAAAAACAGUUCCCACGACACACGUGGAAAGCUAAGUACUUAAGAGCUUUAAAUAUUUCUGUGAGCCUUGCUGCCCUUCGCUUCGGUUUCUGCUGUUCAUGCGAGCCUCUCUCGCAGGGCUUUUAAGACUCAGCACCUACAUAGCACAGAAACUUUAUGGACUUGGAAAAGUUUAAUGUAGCAGUUAGUUAAAUUCAUAGCCUAUAACGCGUUAUACCCAUCGGAAUCAGCCAAUUUAAUCUGAGAGGCAUAACACCCCGCACUACAGCUACUAAAACAGUUACAGAUGACGAAAUUGAUAUACCCAUGUACGUUUAAGAGGGAUUCAACAGGAUUUAAAUCAACUGGACCAAGAAGACGUUUGACAGUUGGGCUUCAGUUUCCUAACGUUUUGCAACCCUGAUGUUUCAAAGUGGAGCGACAGGCAUAUGCAGCGAUCCUUCCCAACACUGAUGAAUGGAGCCUGGCAGUCUUGAUGAUGCAGCUCGGUGCAGUAGUGAGAGUCACUUCAAAUGGGAUUUCGUCACUGAUGAAAUGCGGGACCUCACUUUGCAGAUCAACCAGCAGCUGCCACCACUAACAGAGAGGAAGAAUGUUCUGCAAUUGAGGCUUCAGCAGAGGAGGACAAGGGAGCAGCUGGCAGACCAUGGCAUUAUGCCUCCAUUGAAGAGCCCAGCUGUAUUCCAUGAGCAGAGGAAAAAUCUUGAGAGAUCCAAGACAGAGGAUUACUUAAAGCACAAGAUCAAAAGCAGACCAGAGAAGUCAGAUUUGGUCAAUAUGCAUAUUUUACAAGACUCCGCUGCGGAAGGGUCCUUACAAGCUACUCAGAUGAAACUGAAGCGAGCCAGACUAGCCGACGAUCUUAAUGAGAAAAUUGCACUCAGACCAGGCCCUUUGGAGCUGGUAGAAAAGAAUAUCAUUCCCGUUGAUUCCGCUGUAAAAGAAGCUGCAGUGAAAGUGAAUCAUGAAAAGUUCCCCAAACAAGAAGACUCGUACACAUUUGAAGAAGACAGCAGCAGCGACAGUCUGUCUCCUGAACAGCUGCGGAGUGACGAGUCUCAGGGUUCGGUGUGCUCACCCCCAGAAACAAAGAGCCCUGAAGAGUCUCCCCCAGACUCAGCAGGAGCUGCACAGCAGGUAUCUCCAAAAAGAGAAAUACAUGGAGAAAAUGAUUUACCCAAUAAUCAAACAAACCAAGCAGAAAGCCCAAUAACGACAAACCAUCAGCUCACGUCACCCAUACCUGUCCCUGCUAUUGUGAAGUCAAAGACGUGUGAUAAGAAUCGACACAAGAAACCCAAAGACACUAAGCCAAAGGUGAAGAAACUGAAAUACCACCAGUAUAUUCCACCAGACCAGAAAGCUGAGAGGUCCCCUCCCCCAAUGGACUCUGCCUACGCCAGACUUCUCCAGCAGCAACAGCUCUUCCUCCAGCUCCAGAUACUGAGUCAACAGAAGCGCCACCACCAACCACAGCAGCACCAACAGCACUUCAACUACCAGCCCCAGCCCCAGCCCCAGAUCAAGCAAUGUAGUGAAUCCUUGCCAAGGAUUACGAAUGCACCCACCAGCACUAUCUCAAGCAGCUCCCUGUCUCCUGUUAAGAGCACCUUUUCGGGGCAAUCCCAGAUCUCUCCAAUAAAGCCUGCACCCUUACCUUCCAAUCUGGAUGAUCUCAAAGUGUCUGAGCUGAGACAGCAGCUGCGAAUCAGAGGUCUCCCAGUUUCCGGCACCAAAACUGCUCUCAUUGAACGGCUCAAGCCUUUCCAGGAUCCAAACACCAACGUGGUACCAACAUCAAGCGAUAUCACAACAGUCACCUUCCCAGUGACUCCAGUGGGUUCCAUGUCAGGCUACCAGUCUCAGAGUUCAUCCAGCAGCAUGUCCAAUGGGUUCUACCAGUUUGGCAGCACUAGCUCCACCCCACCCAUCUCUCCGGCGUCUUCAGAUCUCUCUGUUAAUGGCUCUCUACCAGACAGCUUCAGUGACGUUCAAAUGUCCUCCCCGCAGUUCGGCAUUCAGCCUUCCCCCAGCCAUCUGAGCACCGACGAGGGUUUGAUGGGCAGCAUGAAUGGGGGCUGCAUGCAGGCAGAGAUGGACGGCCUGGUGGACACAGAGAAGGACAAGAUGCUAGUGGAGAAGCAGAAGAUGAUCGAUGAGCUCACCUGGAAACUGCACCAAGAGCAGCGGCAGGUCGAGGAGCUCAAGAUGCAGCUGCACAGGCGCAAACGGAACCAUGGUCAGCAGGAGACACAGAUGCUGCCUCACCAGCAGCAGCACUUCUUUGGUGUUUCUAUCAAGCAGGAGCAUGUGGCUUCCAGCUGCCCGUUGUUGUCCAAGCACAUCAAAAACAAUCUACCCAGCAGCUGCAUGGAAAGCUUAAACUCUUGUGAGCCGCCACAGAUCUCCAGCAUGGUGAGCCCCCGCUGCAUGGAAUCGGCUGGCGGAAGCCCCACAAUGUCUGCAUUCUUGAGCCCGCAGUGUUCCCCACAGCAUUCCCCUCUUGCCAAGUCAGCAAGCCUCCCUCCAUCCCCCAACAACCCCUACCUGCUGUCUGUCUCCCCCAGCACCCAGGCAGGGGACAGUCGCAGUCGUUCACCGCAACAAAAUGGAAACAGACAACGGCCAGUCCAGAUUCCACAGAAUAGUACUGGCCAGCCAGGGAAUUCUUGCUGUUGUUCUGCAGACCAAAGGAAUAUGCAGCCAGUGUUCUCAAAUGUUACAGAAAACAGUUUCAGCCGCAGGGAGCACUCUGCACCAAAUAGUCCCAAGAUGGCUAUAUUGCACUCUCCUGGGCACUCGGGUCAAAAGUUUCCCAUCUCUACUGUUGCCUUCUGUAGCUCAGACUUAAAGAUUAAACAACCCCCCUCCUAUGAAGAUGCAGUAAAGCAGCAACUGACUAGAAGUCAGCAGAUGGAUGAACUUCUAGAUGUCCUAAUUGAGAGUGGAGAAAUGCCAGCUCAUGCCAAAGAAGAACGGUCUUGCAUAUCAAAAGUGCCUCGUAUCACGGUGUCCUCAGGGAGCACCAGUGUGCCUGUACGAAAAACUCAAGGGCCUUACAAACAAAUGUCUUCCUUUGCACAUGGCAGCAGUAGCCGGGACAACCACCUUGAAGCCUUAUUGAACAGCCCCAUGAGCAGGGCUAAUGAAAUUGCUCUGCUCAAAAUCGAGACUGAAAAUCCCCAGCAUGAAGGGAUGGCUGAUGGGUUUUCAGGCUGUCACCAAGAGGAACUGCUCAACACCCACAACAUGAUGGAGACCCCACUUUCUCCAAUAGAUGCCAGAAUAUCACAGUCGACAACCGAGGGCCAGGGUUUGAACCUCGCUUUCAACGAGUCACCCUGGGAAACCAUGGAAUGGUUGGACCUUACACCCCCAAGUUCGGCGACUGGGUUUGCCCCUCUUCCAGUAACUGGUCCCAGUAUCUUCAACACAGAGUUCUUGGAUGUUACAGAUCUCAAUUUAAAUCCUGCCAUGGACCUGCAUUUAGAGCAGUGGUAAACUUGACCAUUGACAUUAUGAAAUCAUGCAAUUACACCAAAAUGGAAGGUAAACAAAGGAUGUAUAUAGCAAAUGUUUUAUUAGAAAAUCAUCCUGUUUGAUAGCCAGAGCUAGAGACAGGAUUGUGUUAUAAUACAGAGGGUGUGUGUUCUUUUGAAAAGGAAAAGUGAAGCAAAAAGAAAAAAACACAACCAGCCUUGAUUCAUAUCUCCAGUUGUGCUCAAGAUGUGCAGUUUUGAUUACUAUGCAGUAUUAUGAUGUUAAAAAACACUUGAGGAAAACAUAUUUAUAUUACUGGAAACAAACUGAAUGGAAAGACUUUUGCAAAACUAUUAGAUAAGCAGUAGAAAUGUACAUUAUUAUAAAGAUAUGUUUGCUAACCAUAAACAAUUUGUACAUACAAUACCUUUUCAGUGGUACUUUGUAAAAAGUUUAUCAGAAAGUAAUUGAGGUCUACAUUGGAUGGACAGACGGUGUCUACGAGUCGCAACACAGUUUCGGAACAGCAUUACAUAAAAUGCUGGAAGCUACCAAUUUGUCUUGCUGUUGUAAUUUUAUGAAUGCUCACAUUGCACAGUUAUAGCUUAGUAAGAUUUAUCACAGGAUUGCAUUUUAUUAUAUUUAGGAGUGAAAUUAUUUAGAAGCCAUUCCAUGCAAAUAUUUUAUAGCAUUUAAACCAUGUUUGCUUUUUAAAAAGAGAAAGAGCUACACUAAGUACGCGGACAAACAAAGUGUAUAAAAAAGUACAUUAUUUUUAUAAAUGGAAAGUUUUUCCAACUCACUUUUACAAAGGAAAAAGCUAUGCAUAUACAGCAAACACUAAUUAAUAAAACAUUAAAAGUUUGCAUGUUUGCAAUAGAACCUGUCAUCCAUCACAAAGUGUAUGAUAAAAUAAGUAGACCCCCCUCAGAGCGGAGGAUGCAUGUGAAUAAUAUAAGAAGGGUUUACAUUUAAAAGACUAGUGUACACUAACUAAUAUCUGUAUUUUUAAUUUAGAAUGUAGCCCCACACAUUUGUAUUCUGGGAUCAAGGUGUGUACAAAAUUAUUUAAAGUCUUGUAGCACCCCCACCCCCUAACUUUACUCAAGUGCUGUAUUUCUCAGACUUAUUUAUUACUUUCAACUUUUGUAAAUCUUAGACAUUCCUGCAGUUUCACAAUUGGAUAUAUCAGGCUGUAUUAUAACACUAACCACACGUUAGAUUUUAAGAAUCACAAUUAGACUUGUUUUGUCUGGUUAUCGAAUGCUUGAAUUGCAUUCUUUUUUUUUUUGUUCUUUACAUUUGUAUAGAUUUCUUUUUUCUUCAUGUUUCUAAAAAUGUUGAAAGUAUUGAAUAAUUAUCUUAAAAGGUGAAGAAGGUCCAACCAAGCAGCACUUCUUUCUUACCUUUCUAACAACUGACAUUGUUGUUUGAGUUAGUAAAAAAAUAAAAUAAAAAAAUAAAGUUUAAUAGUUAAUAAGCCGCAAACCCAUUCCACAUGUAUGGAUCCACCUGGUACUACAGUACACUGUUAAAAUGAUGCUGAACAUAUUUAUAAAUGAAAAAAGGGGGGGGGGGGGGGGGGAAUGAUGCAUGUGGCAUUAAAAACACACAUCACCUGAUUGAAAUACUGCAAGUCCCUAGGUCAUUGAUGUCAGUUUACAGCGCUGCUGUACCAUUUACAUUGAAAGGAUUUUAAAAUGAUACAGCGGUACAAAACCACAGACCAACAAGUAUUGUGAAACUAUCAAGAUGUAUUGUUUAGAUGUGGCUUUUACAAUAAAAUAUCAGUGUUACACUCCUCAUUAUAGUAUUUUUAAUAGUUCUGGAACGACCGUAGCUGUGUUUCAAUAUUCUUUCAUUUUGAAUAAGCACAACUCGUAUCAGUAAACCCCCAUCAUAUUACCUAUUAAAGAAAGGAGAAGGUUUUUUUGUUUUUCUGUCAGAUAUAAUUUAUGUAUUGGUUUCUUUUGCAAGAUAGCUUUUUGAUAAUCAUUUCUGUAAUAUGAACUAAUACGAACAUGGUCAUUGUUUUUUCCCAGCAACUUUUGUUUGAAGGUUUGAACAUUUCAUGUAAAAGCUCUUUAUAAACGACAAAUAAAUAACAAAAAUAAAUAAUUUUCCCCACAGGUAUUAUGUAAACAUAAAAAAGCUUGAGAUCAAAUACAAAAAUAAUGAUGUUGAAGGAUAGACAUUUAGAAAAGUUGACUAUUUAUUAUUUUACACCCUCUUAAAUCUUGGUCUAUAUUAUUUACAUAAAAAAAAAAAACAAACAAACAAAAAAAAACUGUUCUAUUACUUACUAAUCUAAUCUUCAGGCAUCCCUUUUUUAAUCAUCCUUUUUUACAUACCAGUACUAUACUUAAAAGCAGUUUGCUGAAAACAGCUCCAUAAGGGCUUCUUGUAAAAUACCCAUUAAGGGUUUUUCAGGUGUAAAGAACGUUUGUGUCCGUACAGCCAAAAUUACCCUUGAAUUGUAUACUAACUGGACUGAUUGCUAAUCAGGUACUGUGUGCAGAACACUAACUAUGAGGCUAAACUAUGGAAGGAUUAAAAUAAAAUAAAAAAUAGAAGUUAAUUUGACAGUUGGAUAAACAUUGAAGGUAUGCUGCCCAAGUCCAGUUAACAAACAGCUUCAGCUAAUGUCUACAUUAUGUCCUGCAUUACAAGAAUCAAAAAGAUGUGCCUGGUUUACUGUUGAACUAAUGCAAUCAGUACAAAAGUAUUGCAUUAUGCAAUUUGAAAAAAAUAAUUGCAUGUAUGUAUUAUAUAUGCCAGUGCUGUUGUAAUGGCUUUAUGGGUUUUCAACACUUAGGCCCAUACAAGCUUUUUUAAAUACAUGUUACUGCUAAACGCCUGUCUCAUUUAAGUUGUAGUUUGUGUGGAAUGGUUUGAGCUUGCAAUCAAUUUAUUAUAAUUUUAUUUUUUUGGUUGUCUAUUGAUGCCAAAAAUCAAAUGCUGUGCUCCCUGCAGCGGCUCUGCGCUAUAAGAGGUCAGAUUCAAACAAGGAAAAGUUCAAACUGUUCAGUGGGAUUCAAUUUUAAGAAACUGCCCAUGCUACUUAAACAAUAUAAAAAUAAUCAUUGAACAAGGAUAAUAUUGAACAUAAAGCUACGACAUUGCUACUUGACCUCAGCCAAGAUGAAUGAUUACAGACUGGACAUUAACAUUAGCUCACCCAUAGAAUCUGCUAAACAUCUUCAUGCUAAAAGUAUCCUGAAUCACUUCUGAACUGCCAUUUCAUUUAAAUGUAAGUAGCAAGUGGCCUGUAUCUGGACGUAACUGCCAAUCGGAACAGCCUAUGAAAGAGUCAUUGUUACACUGACCAAUUCCAUGAACGAGAUUCCUUCCCAACUGUAUGCUUUAUUUUUUGCACUCUGUAAAUACUGUACUUUGAGCUUAUUGUGCUGUAUCAUACAGAUUUUUUUUGCUAUUUGUAUAUAAGCUUGAUCUGAACUUUAAACCUGGAUUUGGCAUUGUGUGUUCUUAAUAAAUCUUUUAUGAUAAAA